UGCUGUUUUUAAGUAUGUUGCUUAUAGCAAGACCAACAAAAAUGUAGCAAAUGAAAAAGCAUCUUAAGAGAUAUUAAAUUUUAUUACCUAAUUUUAUAAAAUUGCUUGUUGCCAUUUUGUUAUUUUAAUUAUUUUCUAUUUGUGAUAUCAUUGUGUUGCCGCCAAUUAAAAGUGUCAAGCAAAGAAAAAUGAUGGCACCCAACUUUAAAUACAAUCUAUUUUGUAUUUAUUAUCGUACCAAACCGGUUAUUUUCAAGUAAAAAACGUAUUAUUUGCAACAUUACUAAUGUAAGUGAAAGUCGUUACAUCUGCUUAAUAUCGGGAUAAGCAAAUUUGGGCACUUAUAAAUGUGCAUAAGUAAAAUAUAAGUAUGCGUUGUUAAGUAAAAACAUAUUAUUUGCCACAUUACCAAUGUAAGUUGAAGUCAUCUACCAUUGGAAAUUAUACUAAAAAUAUGUUUGGUAUUCUUUAAUAAGAUGCACUACCUUUUAAGCUGUUAUAUCUGCUUAAUAUCGGGAUAAGUGUUUUUGUUCUAAAAUAAAAAUGUUAGCUAUUCUUUGAACGCUGUUUCUCCUUUGUAAUUUAUAGUUCCUAAUUGAAUCUUAAGUUAUUCGCUAAGGAUAACCCAUUGUUGCAUUUUGAAUUAUUGUAGUAUCAAGGCUAUAUACUUACUGUAGCAUAGCUAAUGUGAAUGUUAUUGUUGCAAUGAUUUCAGAUAAAACUGUUUUUGCAUUUCUUUUUUGUGCAAUCUGUAAUGGUUUGAAAUUAAGUCUGCUUAUGAAGCUUUUCUUUAUACAAAUGCUAACUAAAUCAAAUUCUGCAGAGUUAAGGUUUUAAAUAAAUUAAAAUAUGUUUAAACACUCUGUUAAAAUCAAUAUCAAUGAGACGGAUAGCAUCUCUGACCAACCAAUCACUAUAUCUGUUGCAGGUUUACGUCCACUGCAGAAGGUAACCUUACAUUCUCAUACAACAAUUGAUAAUGGGAACUCAUUUGAAUGUGUUGCAGUUUAUAAGUCAGAUCAUCAAGGAAGCAUAAAUCUAUCAACUGAUGAAUCCAUUGGAGGGAGCUACAGAGGUGUUGAGCCAAUGGGAUUAAUUUGGGCAAUGAAGGAAUCACCUAUGAAUAAACAUGCCCAUGCACGAUUCGUCAAAAUGGACAUCACAACUCCUCUAGUGGUGAUGUUGAACGUAUAUGAAGAGUUGAUCUUCACAUUGGAGGAGUUGGACUCGAGAAGGAAGAAUUUAAAGAAGCUCGCUUCAACUCACAUCAAGCGAUGGUUCAUGGCAGCGGGAACAAAGAGAAUCACUCUCACUGUAGAAAAACAUGGAAUUCAUGGGACUCUUUUCAUUCCUCCUGGUCAAGGACCUUUUCCAGCUGUGCUCACAUUGUUUGGUAGUUACCCAGGAACAAUGGAAUUCAAAGCAGCUCUUCUUUCAUCCUACGGUUUUGUAACACUUGCUCUAGCUUUUUAUGGAGUACCAGGUCUUCCAAGCUUGGAAAGUUUCCAUAGCUGGAAAGUUGACUUGGGGUAUUUCGAAAAAGCUUUUGAAUAUUUGUCCAACAUUCAGGAAGUCGAUGACACAAAGGGUUUUGGUGUAAUUUGCAUUUCUUUUAGUACACAAAUUAUGCUUGCUGCUGCCUCUUUCUUGCCAAAAAUUAGAUGUGUGGUUUGGAUAAAUGGGACUAUUCAUACCAGUUAUAUAAAUCUAAUGUAUAAAGGACAGGAAAUGCCAAUUUCUCAAGCUCAUUCGGAGCCGGGAAAUUUUAUAUUGAAUGGAGUUGUGAAAGGUAGACAGUUGUUUUUAACAUUCCAAGACCCUUUUUGCCCAGAAGCAGUCGCUGGUCUUACAGAUUUCUACAAGAGAAAAGGUAUCUCUUACUUGUUUGUUGUUGGUCUUAGUGAUGAAAGUUUACAUUCUGAAUUGUGGGCAAAUCAGGCUGAAAAACUCUUCAAACUGGCUGGCCAUCCAAGUUAUAAAAUCCUUCGAUACCCAGGCGCAGGUCACCUGAUUGAGCCCCCCUAUACCCCCCAUAUUGCCGUGACAGCUCAAAAGGGUCAAACAGUAAAAAUGGAUUGGGGAGGCAAGACAUUACCACACUGUAGAGCACAGGAGCACUCAUGGAUUGAACAGAUCAAAUUCCUGAAGGAAAAUCUUCUGAAUCAAUUAUUUCAAGGUCACAAACUAUAAUCAAAAAUGUAACUUUGCUUAGAACCUGAUUUUGAAACAACUGUUUUAAAUAAUUAGUUAGGCUAUAAUUCAUAUGUAGGAAUCUACCUUAAAAUUUUAAAACAACAUAUAUUCUUUGUGUUUUGAACCUGCUUUUAAAAGAUUCCUGCUAGAGUUUAAAUUCAUAUUUUUGUUGCCAAACUUUUUUGUCUGUUUUUGUUGAUUGUAAAUAAUUUUAGUUUAUUAUUUUAUUUUACAACAUAUGUAACAUAAUAUAUGCAACGCGUGUUUAAUAGACAUGAUUUUUUUAUUUAUAUAUGCAUUUUCUACUGUUGUUUUGGUGCUGAUAAUCUGUUAAUAUUAAACAUCAUUUUUAAAUUUGUUUUUUUGUGUGUUUAUUAGGAUAACCUUGUAUAUUGAUUUUAUUAUAAUGUCUCUAAAUGAAAAUGAGCUAUUUUGAACCAUUUAGCAUUAAAAAGUAUAAACUGUUCUAUUGAAAAAAUGAUUAUUUAAACAUUAGUAUGUCAGAAUCAUUAUAAAUAAUAUUGCAUUUAUUAUGACUUUUUUUUAUUUCUUCAAUUUUUUACCAUUAUUAUUCUUAAUUUAUACUUUUUUCAUACUUACUUGUUUAGUUAGGUUGUUUUGUUUAGGAAGCCUAAUGUUUGAUAUUGCAUUGAAAAUUUAUUGCAUUGAUUUCAUAUAACUACCUAUUUCAAUUUUUAACAG